CUCACAAAGAUUCCCGCCGUUCAUACGUCGCUGCCAAUCGUAAUGACCGUCAACAGUUUCUUCAUGCCACAAUAGUAGUCGCAGAUGGGAGAAAACAAAUAAUUCAUGAUUUAGUAAAAGCCUGGGUAGAAGCAGA